UUUUUUUUUUCUUUCUUUCUUUGCCCAUCUUUUCUUGCUGUUUCGUACAACCUCAUCUCAGCCAUGCCUCGUUCAACUUUUGUCAACCACGACUUUGUCCUCACUGUGCUUGCUAUUUACGGUGCAACAGUCGCUUUCACUCGUUGGUUCCCUGAAGCUGACCUUGUUGCAGUCGAGGCCCAUCCUUCGACCUAUGUCAAGACUUUUGAGGCUGCGUCUCAGUCCCAAUUGACACUUUAUGCCGCCCAUCUUGCUAUCGAUAUCAUCCGUGUCUUAUCUCUUGCUGUCCUCGAGUCUGCCGCCUUUUCGUUUGCGUUCAUCGAUGAUGUCUUUGAGCCCUUCUCGUAUGCGUUCAUCCUCUUCUCUAUGGUCAUAGUAACUAAGGAUAUCUUGAUGCUUGGAUGCCUCCACGCCUUCCCUGCAUCCAACGACCUUGCCGCUGCCAAAGUUGCAGAGUUGAUGCCUCUCUCUGCGACGGUGGAGUACGGUCUUUUGCUUUGCGGAGCCUUGUCCUUGGCCAAGGGACUUUACCAGUGGACUUAUGCCAUUGGACGUGACAAGCGUCAGGUCAUUGACAAGGAGGAAAUCAAGAAGACUCAGUAAAAAAAAAAAAAAAAAAAAAAGAAAA